ACUCAACUUAACUCGCAUACGACGCGACGUUCGAGUGAAUCCGCAUCGUAGUUGGAUUGGAGCAUACGUAUCUUUUGCUAUCUGCUGUAUAUCUACACCUUGGCGGUCGUCGAUGGCGCUCAGUUCACAACUGGACGAUCUUGGGAUAACAUUGCAGUACCGGCGUGGAUAAGCGUGUAGUAUCGUGGGAGAAUCCAUUCCAAGCGGAAGCAACUUGUGCGAUUUGUUGGAAGAAGUCGGAAGCAGUGCGAGGAAAGAGAGUGAAACGAAAGGUGUGCGUGUGUCUGACCGUGUUCAAGAAACCGAGAAAAUAACCUACAGAAAACCAUUUUGCACCCAGCACCCAGCAGCGAAGUCAGUGCGGAUGUUCAAGUGAUAAUUGAAAAUGAACAUGUGAUGGAGUAGUGAGGCCACCUACAUAUCAGGGGGAGGAGAGAGGAAAAGUUCGCCUUUGCAAAAUGACACGAUAAAGUGCUAAAGAUACUGUGACUAGAAUUAACGAUACAGCAGUGUUGUAGUGAAACGUAGUCAGAAUCUAACAAGAAGAACGAUACCGAAGGAAACAGUCAUUCAUUAGACACCUAACGAUAAUUGGCGAUCCAGCGCGGAAUCCGUCUAUAGAAGUUAUUUUGAACAGUUCGAGCAGUGUGCAAUUGAAAUUUACGUAAAAAUGACAGUGAAUAGUUUGUUGGUGGUUCUUUGUUUAGGCCUUUUCGUGAUUGGAUCCCGGUCACAAGAGCCGCAGCCGAAUUUCAAUCCACCUACGCCCGGUAGUCCGACAACGCAGUCGGACCGACAGUUCCGAGUUGUGUACGAGUGGAAUGUUCUGGACUUUGCAUUUGCCAGUGAAGAUGAACGUGCCCGGGCUUUAUACCUUGGGGAAUAUAUUCCUAAAAACGUGCUGAUAUCUGACUGCAAACCAUACGCAAACCGACUGUACGUUACGGUACCUCGCAUGCUGGCCGGCGUUCCAGCCACUCUCGGAUACUUCGUCCGGCCGGAAAACAAUGGACGAUCCGAUCCGGAGAUCGUUCCGUUCCCAUCCUGGGAAAUGAAUCGUCGAGGAAACUGUUCUGCGCUACAAUUCGUCCAGGGUAUUUCCGUUGAUAAGUACGGCAUCAUGUGGGUAGUGGAUUCCGGGCGAACUGAAACAUUGCAGAGAGGCGAAAAUCACGUAACCUGUCCACCGAAAAUUCUACUCUUGGAUCUUAAACGCAACGGAACUGUCAUCGUGCGAUACGAAUUUCCACCAGAGGUAGUACCAGCAGGAGCCAACUAUUUGAACAAAUUGGUCAUUGACGACGCUUUCGGAGGAUUCGCGUAUAUUACCGACAACAGCGGCGGCGAUCCGGGAAUCGUUGUCUACUCCCGGCAACUCAACCGUUCCUGGAAGGUGCGAGAAAACAACUCGAUGCGAGCUGCCCAGAAUGCUGUGCGCUUCUCCGUCAACGAUACCGAGCUAAACUUUUCGAUCCACAUCGACGGAAUUGCUCUGGGUCCGUACUAUAACCCGCACAUUCAGAAUGACAUAGAUCCACAGAACGAUCCUUUGAUCGGCAACCAAAACUACGAACGUAACGUUUACUACAGUCCACUAUCCAGCUAUCACUUGUAUUCUCUGCCAGCUUCUUUACUUCGAGAUCCGGAAUUUGUACUGAAAGCCAGCCCGCGUGACAUUCUAGAAUCCGUAACCGACUACGGUAGAAAGAGUUCCCAAACGGAUGGAAUGAUUAUGGACAACCAAGGCGAACUCUACUUCGGUUUACUUGGUGAACAUGCAAUAGCCCGGUGGGAUUCGUACAAACCUUUCACCGCAAAGAAUCAAAUCGUAGUAGCGCGUGACAAGACCCAUAUCCAGUGGAUCGACGGAAUGGGUUUCGAUCACGAGGGCUAUCUUUACGUAGUGAUUAACCGACUGCACAACUUUGUCGCUGGAAAAUUACACACCGAUGAGGUCAAUUUCAGGAUUCUUCGAUCGAAAACAGGAGCUCUCGGGUACGUCCAGACACCAGACAAUGUGUUCAACAACGAUGUCAGAUACCGGUAUGAUGGCCAGGUUGACAACAGUUUGGUGCACUACGGAGUUUCGUCGACGACGCCCGUCUCAAGUCGACUGGAAACGGCAGGCCUAUUCGGUAGCGGCAGGAAUGGGGCAAAGACCACACUCGGCAGUAUCAUCACGAUCGCAAUCUGUACGCUGGUAGCCAAGCUUCUCACAGUAUAGGUUGCGUUGAAUAUUUCGUGAGGCAUCGAGAACUUGUCUUGAAAAUAAUUCCUGAUUUCAGUUACCGUUCAGUAUCUUAAUUAUCGUGUAAGUGGGAGUGUGUUGUAAAUAAUUGAUGUUACGAAAUGUGAAUAGAUUUUAAAAUUUACCAAACUAAAUGUUGAUAUUUUGCAGUUAAAAACUGGUGAAAAUAUAAAUCUUAAAAUAAACGAGUUCGGGUGCUUUUGGAAAA